ACCGGCAGUCGUUCUUCGCGAGACCAAAAAGAAUAUGAGGUUCGCUUUAUUGUCCCUGCUGCUGGUGGUGGCUUCAUCCUGCUGCCUCUGGGAGGCGGUGUCCAGCUGCACCAGCAUCGAGCAGCGCUACAAGUUCCCAAAUAGCAACAUCUACGUCCGACUGAGGCGCGGUGACAAGCUGCAGUACGAGCUGAUGAAGGGUGAUAAGACCCUGCAAACGGUCACCUUCGACAACUUUGCGACUAGUGCGAAUCUGGUGGCGACGGACAGCGGUGGCUACACCCUCACCGAUGGCACGACCGUCGUGCAGUUUACGCUGGUCCAGAGCGGUGUGGUCUCCGGCACGGGCAGUGACAUCACCCAUGUGCGGGUGUCCCGCGAUCGGGUGCUGAAGGGCACCCAGCCGAGGGAUUGCUUCCCCCUGAAUACGGGAUCCACUCACUGGUUCAGUGGCCCGGAGCAGAAGCAGCACUACUGGCCCGUGGAGCGUCAGGUGCACAGCAACUACUCCUACCUGCCCAAGGAGCUGGACAACUUUGGAGUGGGCGAGCGGUACUGGCUGAACAGCGCCGGUGCCUUUGUUUAUGUGGAGAGCAACACCCCGCUCUUUCUUGACCAGAACACAGCGGCAUAUCCGGGUCAGCUCUGCCUGAGUGCCACCAGUGAGUUGCCCUACGAUCCUCGAGUGACCUCCGGAAAAUUCGUCUAUCAUGUGGCCGUUGCUAAGGACGCCAAGGCGGCGCACAAAUAUGCCGUGAAAACUUUUCUGGGACAACCCACGGGCUUCCCAGAUGAACGCAUGGUCAUGCACCCAGUGUGGUCCACUUGGGCGCUCUACAAGGCGGAGGUCACCGAUGAAGUGGUCAGGGACUUUGCCAAACAGAUCCUGGACAAUGGUUUCAACAACAGUCAGCUGGAGAUCGAUGAUGAUUGGGAGGACUGCUACGGCGCCCUGACCUUCAGGAAGAACAAGUUCCCUGACAGCAAAACCCUGACGGACGAUCUUAAGGCCCUGGGCUUCCGUGUGACUCUAUGGAUCCAUCCCUUCAUCAACAACAAUUGCACAGCCAUUUACGAGCAGGCCAAGUCUCUGGGCUAUCUGGUGCUUGAUCAUGAGGGAAGCUCCGACACCCAGUGGUGGAACAGUAAGCCCAAGGAUGCGGCCAUCUUGGAUUUCACCAAAACUGAAGUGCAGGAAUGGUUUUCCAACCGUUUGAAGCGGCUACAGGAUGAGGACGGCAUUGAUAGCUUCAAGUUCGAUGCCGGCGAGACCAGUUGGUUGCCCAGUGAUCCUGUUAUCCAAGCCAGCAGCUCCAUGGUGACUCCUCUCCAGGCUGUGGGCGAUUAUGUGCGCACUGUUGCCGCCUUCGGGGACAUGGUGGAGGUGCGAUCCGCACAGGGCACCCAGGAGCUACCCAUCUUCGUACGCAUUGUGGACAAGGACUCCGAGUGGGGCUGGAACAAUGGUUUGCUCACGCUGAUCUCUUCUAUGCUACAAAUGAACCUCAACGGAUAUCCCUUUGUCCUGCCGGACAUGAUCGGGGGCAAUGGUUACCAAGAGAGGCCCCCGAACAAGGAGCUCUUCCUCCGCUGGCUGCAGGCCAAUGUCUUUAUGCCCGCCCUCCAGUUCUCCUUCGUGCCCUGGAACUUUGACGAUGAGGCCAUUACCAUAAGCAAGACGUUCACCGACAUGCACGCCACCUACACACCCUACAUCAUGAAGCUGUUCCAGCGUGCCGUGGACUCCGGAGAGCCAGUGAAUGCUCCGCUCUGGUGGAUCUCACCCACCGAUAAGGUGGCGCAGUCUAUCUACGAUGAGUUCCUCCUGGGAGACGACAUAAUCGCUGCUCCCGUCGUGGUGGAGGGAGCCACCCAGCGCGACAUCUACCUGCCGGAGGGAGAGUGGAAGGACGGCAAUAGCGAUCAGGUCUACCAUGGACCCACCUGGGUAAUGGACUAUCCAGCUGCCCUGGACACGUUGCCCUACUUUGUGCGCGUGGGCUUCCAGUUGGAGUAGAACCAGAGGAGAACUAUAGUUUUAGUUAUUUGUACCAUUUAUUAUUUUCAGAUCAUUAAACGAACAAAAUAAAGAACUUAAAUAGA